CAACAUUACUUUGGUAAACAAAAGUGUGCGUCGGCAAACACUGCAUGCCAAAAUUAAUUUUGCAUGUUCAACCCUUCACUUUCUAACUAUAUAACACAAUGCUUCUUCUCCUCUAAUCAAGGACUUACUUCUACUUCUACUCUCUCUAUUCUCUCUUGUGCUUUUGAAUUAACAUUAAUGGCAUUACCUGCUCUCAAAGCACAACUCAACAACUUCGUAAAAUCCAUGUUUGAUGAGGAAGUGUUAGACAGGCAAUUUACUCAAAUUCAAGCCUUGCAAGAUGAAAGCAAUCCAAAUUUUGUAGCUGAAGUGAUCACUUCAUUUUGCAAUGAUGCUGAAAGGAUCAUAACAGAACUGAACACAUACCUGGCUCAACCAAAUGUGGACUUCUCCAAUAUGGAAUCUUGCGUUCAUCAGCUAAAAGGAAGUAGCUCAAGCAUUGGUGCCCAAAGAUUGAAACUUGCUUGUGCUGACCUUCAACAAGCUUUUCAUGACAAGAAUAAGGGAGGGUGUUUGCAAGCUUUGAAUACCAUCACGCAUGAAUAUUGCCUUCUAGGAAGCAAAUUUGAGACCUUAAUCCAGCUAGAGAAGAGCAUUCAACAUGAACAGGAAAGCUACCACGUCGAAUGAUGUUGACAUAUAUAAGGGUUUUAUCAGUUUAAUGCAGCUAUUGUACUUAAUUCUUAUAGUUCAUAUGUAAUUCAAUUAAACACCUUCUGAUUUGAUGCAUACGUGUGUUUUUUAUUGUAAGAUAAACAUAGCAAGGAACUGAUGAGUGGCGCCUGUAAAGAGUUCCUUCUUUUUAUUUUCUUUUGGAGUGGAUUGUAUAAAUUAUUAGGGAGUAAUGUUUUUCUUCUGUCGUAUAAAUUGAUAGGUUUUAUUUUUUUAA